AUGUCAUAUCCCCAGACGGUGUUCCCUCCACAAGUGCUUUCAAGAAUAGCGCCAGAUCUUCUACUCCAACGUCAUUUGGUACAAGGAUUGCGCCCCAGCCUCCGAAAGUUCGACGAGUUCCGUCCCCUUGUUUCGACUCCCGGAACUUUCAACGACGUCGGUACCAAUUCUGUCGUGGGGCUGGCUACCGUCAGAAACGGAGACGCCUUUGCCUUCUGCGGCAUCAGUCUCGGUGUAGUUGAAACAAGCAAGUCGCCUGAGUUCUUCGAGGAGCUGAAUGACGAAGAGUAUGCGUCGAUUUACCCCGUGGUCGAGAUCAGUCGUGGUCGUAGCGGCGCUCCCACAGACGAGGAGAUGAUCUUGUCACAGACCCUUCACGACACCAUUUUCCACCUGAAAUUGAUUCCGCUCCUGCUGCUUUCCGUGACUCCAGGCUACCAAAUCUUGGAGGAGGACUCGGCCCUGACCAUCUUGUAUCCCCAAGACAUGGGCGAUGAGGUAGACCAGGAGUCCUUCCAGGAGUUGAACAUAUCCAAGAAAAACUUCCGCUACAUCUUGUACGCCCAUAUCAAAGUGUUCUCGCGCUCGGGACCGCUUUUCGAUCUUGUUCAUUACGCCACCAUCGAGGCAUUGAAAAACGUAUCCCUUCCGAGAGUCUACUUGGCCGACUCAGGCAUUGACCCCAACAUUCGCAUUCCCAUUAGGUCCAGAGGCAACUUUGGUCACUUGACUCAAGCCGAACAGAGAUUCUACGUUGACGAGAGAAAAGAUAUUGCUUCUCCUUUGAAGUUGUCACUGGAUGCUGCUGUCUCUUCCACAUUUGGUGUAGUUGAACUCAUGGAUCAAGACGAGUCAAGGUCGAUUCUUCUCGCCGAUUUGGAGGGCGAGGCGGAGGAAUUUUGCUCUGAAUCCAGAAUCAAUGUCACUGCAUCUGGCGAGUCCCUUAGGCACGUCACCAUUAUUGGCGGUGGAGCAAAUGUGACAUUGGAUACGAUUCAAAAUGCUUUGCAAAUCGCCAGAGAACGUAAAUUCGCAUAA